CUCAGCUCUCACCAGACGCCGCCCUUUUCUCUGCAAUUCUCCUCACAACGCACUUUUCUAGCGGGUCGUGAUACCAAUCUUAACCAAAUGAAGCCUUGCGACACUGUCACUGCGUGAUGGGAAACCUUGGCGACCUGUCGCCAGGAGGAAGUGUAGCUAUAGGAAUUCUAGUCGGCCUACUAUCUACGAGUAUCCAGAGUCUCGGUCUGACCCUACAACGGAAGUCCCACCUUCUGGAGGACGAGAAAGACCAAUAUGAACCGCGACGACCUCCUUACAGACGGCGGCGAUGGCAGCUGGGCAUGGGGAUGUUCAUUAUUUCGAACCUGGUGGGGAGCACGAUCCAGAUAACAACUCUGCCAUUACCAGUGCUGUCGACGCUGCAAGCGUCAGGCCUGGUCUUCAACUCGAUAUGUGCCACCUUGAUUUUAGGGGAACCUUUCACUCGCUGGUCUUUGGGAGGAACGAUGCUGGUAUCGAGCGGUGCGGUGCUGAUUGCUAUCUUCGGCGCAAUACCGGAACCGGCGCAUAGUCUGGACCAGCUGUUAUUAUUAUUAGGGAGGAGGUCCUUUGUGGUGUGGAUGGUUCUGCAAGCCAUCUUGGUUAUAGGAAUCAUAGUGCUUGCGGGAUUCCUGUCGAACAUAAGCAUAUCUUCAAGUCCGCGGAUACGGCUGUUCAGAGGAUUGGCAUACGGCAGUAUAAGUGGGAUCCUGUCUGCCCAUUCGUUACUCGUGGCGAAGUCAGCGGUGGAAUUACUGGUUCGCACAAUCGUGGACAGAAUCAACCAGUUCAACAGAUGGCAAUCUUGGGCCAUUCUACUAGGGCUCGUCUUCCUCGCGCUCACACAACUCUACUACCUCCAUCGGGGCCUCAAGCUGGUCUCUACGAGCGUCCUCUACCCCCUCGUCUUCUGCAUCUACAACAUAAUAGCCAUACUCGACGGCCUCAUCUACUUCAAGCAAACGGACCGACUGAGCGUCCUACACGCCUGUCUCAUCGCCCUCGGGACCGUGAUCCUCCUCUCUGGUGUCCUGGCCCUCUCCUGGCGCCUUUCAGACGAUCAAACUCAACCAGCAGUCGCACAGUCCGCACUCGCCCCUGGUUUGGGGUUCGUGGAAGACACAGACAAUGAAGAAUACUCCGACUCCUUCAACGCCGACGAAGAAGCCGCCAUAAUCUCCGAAAACCAAGCCCUCCUGAACGGCGAGCCCAUGAUACCCACCACCAAAAUCGACACCGUGCUUGGAGCCACGCGUCCUCUACGAAAGACCGUCCGUCUGACAGAGGCCGACGAGAUCUGGGGCGAGCUCGAAGACUCAGACACAAAAUCAGUAACUCCUUCACCACGACCGCUGCGUCGUGUCUCAACUACUCUCCCUCCCCCAGCUGUAGGAGACGGCGCAGAACCAGAUGAAUCAACCUCCCUCCUCCGCUCCAGCACCAGUUUAAGCCUGAACGCACGAAGAAAGCGACGACGCUCAACUGGCUUUCCGGGCUUCAUCCCUCGUCCUUCGCCAAGAGGAUCUAAACGCCGCAGUACGCAGACGCAGGAUGCGCUGGGCGGCUUCUGGAAAAUGAGGUGGUGGAGGGAUAAAAGGGGGAAGGGGCCUGAUCCGGGGGGUGAAGGGGAUGCUGGGCCAAGCGGUACGAUAUGAGUGGGUUGUGUAUAGAUACAUCUGGAUGAGAUGGGAGAGCUAAACUGCAUUCUGGGUUCAUGAGGACUGGCGCUAGAUUUCAAUUGCAAGGCGAAGAGGAGUUGGGAUUCCCGUUGAACUGUCAUUGUACGGAUUGGGUGAGGAAAGGGGUGAGUGUGCGAUCUAUGAUCCUGGCUCAGAACAGGACAGGACAGGAUAGGGUAGCAUAUACGGAAGAGCUUGUUUCUGGAUUGUAUAGAAGUCAGCACAAGAGGACACCCUUUCCCACUGUCCCACGCCAACUUCCUGAUCCCAACUUUAUUCUCUUCUUCGUUUCGUUUCUCCUCAAAGGACCUCCACCUUGGUGGCAAAACGUGGGCAAAC